GAAACUGCUCUUCCCAAUCCGCUCUUAAAUACGGGCAUUGCAGCUUCAAAUCCAAUUCAAUUCCGUGUGGUCAGUCGUCUAGCCAAGCCAUUGUUAAUUAAACCUUUCUUCCGUCCGCCUGGCGGAGUGUAGUGCUGCUGCUUUUACUAGAAUAGUAGACCAAAAAGGAAAAAUCUGCGCCCUUUCUUUGUGCAGUGAAACCGCGUGAUUCAUUGGUUCUGAAUUGUCUGCUUUAUUUGCGUCGUCAUUUCGUUGUACUGCCAUUUUGUCAAAGAGUUAACGCCAAGUGUAGGAUCUUCAACUGGAAAGGCGUAGAAAGCGAACUCAACCAUGAAAUUCCUAAUACUCAUCGUCGGCUUCGUCGCAGCCGCCAACGCGAUCUCCAUCUUCGAUCUAGUUAAAGAAGAAUGGAGUGCUUUCAAGCUGCAACAUCGCAAGAAAUACGACAGCGAGACGGAGGAACGUAUCCGCAUGAAGAUCUACGUACAAAAUAAGCACAAAAUUGCCAAGCACAACCAGCGAUUCGAUCUCGGCCAGGAAAGAUAUCGCCUACGUGUCAACAAGUACGCCGAUUUGCUGCAUGAGGAGUUUGUCCACACCCUGAACGGUUUCAAUCGUUCUGCUUCUGGAAAGGGAGCUCUGCUUCGUGGGGAAAUUCAGCGCAUCGAAGAACCUGUGUCGUGGAUCGAACCUGCUAAUGUCGAGGUACCGACAACCAUGGACUGGCGCAAGAAGGGAGCGGUCACUCCAGUCAAGGAUCAAGGACACUGCGGAUCCUGCUGGUCCUUCUCGGCGACCGGUGCUCUUGAGGGUCAACACUUCCGUAAGACGGGCAAGCUGGUGUCGCUGUCGGAGCAAAACUUAGUUGACUGUUCGCAGAAGUACGGCAACAAUGGCUGCAACGGCGGUAUGAUGGACUUCGCGUUCCAGUACAUUAAGGACAAUAAGGGAAUCGACACGGAGAAGGGCUACCCGUACGAAGCCAUCGACGAUGAGUGCCAUUACAACCCGAAGACCGUCGGUGCUACCGACAAGGGCUUCGUCGACAUUCCGCAGGGUGAUGAGAAGGCACUGAUGAAGGCAAUUGCCACCGUCGGUCCGGUGUCGGUGGCCAUCGAUGCGUCUCACGAGUCGUUCCAGUUCUAUUCCGAAGGUGUGUACUACGAACCACAGUGCGACUCGGAGCAGCUCGAUCACGGUGUGUUGGCAGUUGGUUACGGUACGAAUGAGGAGGGCGAAGACUACUGGCUGGUGAAAAACUCGUGGGGCACCACCUGGGGUGACCAGGGGUACGUUAAGAUGGCACGUAACCGUGACAACCAUUGUGGUAUCGCGACCACCGCCAGCUAUCCGCUUGUGUAAGCAGGAGUGGAUAUGAUAAGGCUAUAUGUUGUUUUACGUUGUGUGAUAUAGGUACAUGUAAAUUGUAGCAGAUUCAUUACAUUCUGUUAUAUUUGAUGCUUCAAAACACACACUCAUAAUAGCCAUUCGUCAGCACUGCUUCUUGCCAUCGAAAAACAUUCUUAAAGAAGCAGAUUUUUACAUUCAGUAAACAUGUUAGCUAGUUGUGCAGUGAACAAACAAUCAUCAUCUUUGAGUCGCGAGCUCUAAAUGAAAUGGGAGAAAAGACGAAUGCAUCUCGCGCACGCGUGUUGUGUUGAAGAACGCAUCAGUCGUCAUUUUUAAAGGUAGUUAGUUUAAGGUUUAUGAGGAAAAAAACUAAAAUAAAGAAAAACAUUAA